UGUGACGGGGCCCGUGUGUCUAAUGGGUUGAGAGUAACAGGUGGAGUGGUAAAAUUGGCCCACCUGAGCAGACCCAUCAUCCUCGUCCUAUUACAGUAUAUAAAGUAAGAGAGGAGGGUUAGAGACAGACACCAGGAACAAGCAGAGGAACUAACAGCACCGUUCUUUGGAGAGAAAGAAGACAAGGUUAUAACCAUGAUGAGCAUCCAAUCCCUGGCUGGUAUCCUUCUGGUCCUCGGCUUAGUCCAGAGCAGCUGGCAGGUUCCUCUGCAGGAGGCUGCUGACAGCUCAAGCUUCGAUGCAGACGACACAUCAGUGGACGAGCUGUCAAACAUGAAGAGACACUCGGAGGGAACUUUCUCCAACGACUACAGCAGAUACCUGGAGGAAAGGAAGGCGCAGGACUUCGUUCGGUGGCUGAUGAACAACAAGAGGAGCGGUGCUGACGAAAAGCGCCACGCCGACGGGACCUUCACCAGCGACGUCAGCUCCUACCUCAAGGACCAGGCAAUCAAAGACUUUGUCAACAGGCUCAAGUCUGGACAAGUCAGAAGAGAAUCUGAAACGGAAUGGCGAGGUGAGGCAUUCAGCAGGAGGCAUGUAGAUGGGAGCUUCACCAGCGAUGUGAACAAGGUGCUGGACUCCAUGGCUGCCAAGGAAUAUUUACUCUGGGUCAUGACCUCCAAGCCUUCAGGGGAGAGCAAGAAAAGACAAGAGGACCAAUGA